AGGUGGCAACUGGCACGAUACCCUUACCCGACCCCUUGUCUGAAUAAAAGCGCGCACAUGUUCUCCUUUUCAACCCUCCACCACUUGUCUAUAGCCACCAGCGAGUACUGCUGCCUUGGCCUUGCAGAAGAUAAUUUAUUCACGUCUCCUUUCUUUUGAUUAGAGAUUUAGAGAUGGUGGUCGGUAGUAGCUCCACAGGUAGCGGUGUUGAAGGAGCGGCAGAGACGAGGCCGAAGGAGAUUUUGUUGUUUGGAGUCAGAGUGGUGGUUGAUAACAUGAGGAAAAUUGUGAGUUUGAAUAAUAUGAAUGAUUAUGAGCACUUGAAUGAUAACGAGGAAGAUGAAGAAGCCGCUGCCGGUGCUUCUGCUUCUGCUGCUGUUUCUGGUUAUAUGUCUGCAGACGACACCGUUCAACACUCUUCUUCAGCCUCUGAAAGGCGUGGCCAACGAAAGAGAGGAUUGCCAUGGACAGAGGAGGAGCACAAGAGAUUCCUUGUAGGAUUGCAGAAAAUGGGCAAAGGAGACUGGAGAGGAAUUUCUCGCAAUUUUGUCAAGACCCGAACAUCAACUCAGGUUGCUAGUCAUGCUCAGAAGCAUUUUCUCCGCAACAGUAAUGUGAAUCGCCGCCGCCGCCGAUCUAGCCUCUUUGAUAUCACCACCGAUAUGGUGACGGAAACUCCAAUGGAAGAGCAGCAAGCUCAAUGCCAAGACAGCAAGAGCAACAACCAGGCACCCAAGACAAAUCCACCGCUGCAAGCCAACAGUACCACCAGUUUCCCUGGGGUGCUGCCUUUCCCUAUAAGAAGGAGAACUGUCAGUCCUGCCGUGUCGCCUCUCCAAAUUGAGAGUCCAAUAAUGGAAAACCGGUCACUUGGACAAGGCAAUCAAUCCCUUAACUGCUCAACAAAUCUAGUCCUCACAGUCCCCGUCGUCCCAGCUCCUUGUACUUCAGCAAUGCCUGAUCUUAACUUAAACUUGAAGCCGGUUGCUGAUUCAUCUCCGUUGUCACUCGAUCUGUCUUCAUCGUCUGAUCAGAGGGCAUCGUCAUCUAGGCAUUCAGCCUUCCAGACGAUGUCAAGUUUGAAAAACGGUGAUAACAUCAUCGUUGUUGCUUGAGAAAGGAUAACAGGUCUGGUAAUUAAUUAGAAGAAAUAGGAUUAGAUAAGGUUAAGUUAGGUGUCUGGGAUUCUAUCUUUUGCUCUUGUACAGACCUGGCCGAAAAGGAAUAUUCAUCCAUUGCUGAAUGGUUUUGUUUUUGCUACAAUUAUUAUUAUUAUCGUAAGAUAGAUUCCUCUGUAUUUUGUGACUGUUUCUUGCUCGUAGUUUGAUAAUACUGGAAAUAAGCCAGCCGCUUCUUUUUCUUUGCUAA